UUGUGUAUAAUAUCUUAAUAUGUUAAGGGUUUUUUAAUAGGUAAAUUGUUUAAUUGCCACUAACACACUAUAAUUCGGACGUGGGCGUCAACCGCGUACGCAGGUCUCGUGAAUUCGUGCCGAGCGAAUUUUCCAUGAAGGUUAUAUUUUUUUUUUUUUAGUUCAAUUCGUCUGUCACUCUUACAUAAUAUUAUAUUAUGCGUGUGAAUAUGUACGUAGCGUACCUACCUAUUUUAUUCCAUUAAAAGUUAUCUCUCUGUGUUCAGAAAAAUAAAAUUUGAACACCUAAUACCCAAUACCUAUCAGUCUAUCACGAAUAGUUCGUGAUCGUGAUAAUUGAUAAGAAAAAUAAAUGAUAACCAAAGGACGGACGUCAAAACAAUAUUAUUGUCAUAGGUAAUAUUAUAAUAUUCGGUGCAUAGACAUUAGCCGUCAUCACAACGAAGUUAUAACUUAUAACCGACUUAUGAGGUCUAUCGGUCUAUGAUUCUUUCGGUCUUUGCCAAGUGGCCUUGUCUCCUACUCUCAGUUACGCGACACGCCACUGAUAAGAAAUAUUUUGCUCUCGAGCCGACGUCUCUGUACAACCGCUACAGAGUACAAUACGAACUGAAGUCAACUACAAAGCGAAAAGAGGGUAGGUACUCGCGUAUGCCACUUUCCACAAAACUGUACACGUCGUGUAUUUAUCUACCAAAACCGGCGUAUUCUAGCCACUGACUAAUAAUUACGGUUUAUUAAACUAGAACUUAUACUAAUCGCUAUUGCUGAUGGUCAUCGUUUUUAAGUAUUUUAAAUUGACGUGUAUAAUACAUUGUUAUAUCUAUAUACCGUGUUGGUGUUUUUACGUAAAAAGAAAAAGUGUUAUGUCAAUAAAAGAGAUGGAUUCCAUUAAACAUGUUAUACCAUGGAGAAAUGGUCAAAAGCAAGUUCUGAAAUUCAACGGAUGUAAACCUAAAAAAUAUACAAACAGCUGUCAUACUUACAGUUUUUUUGAAGAACUACAAUGUUUACGAAAAGAAGAAGUGUUAUGUGAUAUUAGGUUAGAAACAGAUGAUGGUACUAUAAUAUGUGGGCAUAAAGUUGUCUUAGUAGCAGCUUGUCCAUAUUUCCGUGCAAUGUUCUCCAGUUUUGCUGAAGGGGCUAAAUAUGUUGUAAAUAUCAGAGAGUUAGAUUCUAACAUUCUACAACUCUUGAUUGAUUAUAUUUAUACUGGUAAAAUAACGGUGACCGAACAAAACAUAAUGGAUUUAUUACCAGCUUCUAUGCUCUUACAGUUGGAUUAUGUAAAAUGCGUAUGUGUUGAGUUUCUAAAAAAACAAUUGAAUCUUUCAAAUUGUCUUGGUAUCAAAGAGUUUGCUGACUUUUAUAACUGUACAGAGUUGUUGUCAAGUUCUGAAGAAUACAUAAAAACACAUUUUUUAAAAUUUAUUGAAACAGAUGAUUUUCUAUCUUUGUCUUCUGAAGAAGUGAUUAGUCUAAUCUCGUCUGAUGACAUUAAUGUUCCGUUUGAGGAAAACAUAUUUGAAUGUGUUAUCAAUUGGGUAAGACAUGAAGAAGAUUGUAGGUAUGACAGUUUGCCUAAAUUAAUGGAACAUGUCCGUUUGUCAUUAGCGUCCCAAGAGUAUAUAUCAAAAAAUGUAGACGAGGAACCUCUUAUUAAAAAUAAUCCUAAAUGUAGAGAUUUUGUCAAUGAAGCUUUAAAUUUCCAUAUCGUAAAGAAACAUCGGCACAUUACUAUGCCACAGACAAUUCGUAAUACACCUAGACAGACUGGACUUAAAUUUCUUCUUGCCAUGUGUGAUUCAUCAGGAAUGGGAAAUUGUUAUACUAGCUGGUAUGAUCCAGCAACCAAACUUUUGCAUAAGACAAUAAAAAUGAAUAUGGAGUUUGAAUUAUGUGCUCUAGUCUUAAUAAAGGAUCAUUUAGUUUUCGCCUUGGGUAAUAGUUACAUUAAUUUAAUAUCCAUUGAAAUGCUUGAUCUAUCUGCACAAUCACUUCAAUGGAAGCCAACAGUGGAUAUGUUAGUCGAUCGAAGUUUUUACGGAGUUGGUGUUAUAGAUGAUCGUAUUUAUGCUGUUGGCGGAGACAUUAUUGGUGAUUCUCAGUUAAGUAGUGCAGAGGUUUUUGACGUGAGUGUUCAAGAAUGGCGAUUUAUACCUAAUAUGUCUACUGGAAGAAUGAACCUCGGCGUUGCAGUACUCGAUAAUCUUUUAUACGUGGUAGGUGGUUAUAAAUACCCAUUUGCUUUGAAAUCUGUUGAAUGUUAUGAUCCCACCCUUAACAUAUGGAUACCAGUCACACAAAUGUCUACAAAUCGCCGAGGCCCUGGUAUAGGAGUCUUGGACGGUGUAAUAUAUGCUAUUGGUGGUGAUUGUCAGGAAUAUGAUGAUUCAAUGUAUCUUAAAAGUGUUGAGGCCUAUACACCAAUUACUAAAGUAUGGUCUUCAAUUGCCGAUAUGCACCUGUGCCGUUCCGAUCCAAUUUAAUGGUUUGUUGUAUGUUAUGGGUGGAUCUGAUGGAUCUAGUCAGUUGGGCUCUUUAGAAAUAUAUGACCCCAACACCAACACGUGGACUAUGGAACCAUUGCCAACAAGUGGAGAUGAAAUUCAUGGUGCAGUCAUCAUUGAUAUGCCAUCACAUUUGAGAUCUUAUUAGCUUAUAAAUGGUCUUAUUGUUGGUGGUUGUAUAUUUUAUUCAUAUUUAUUUAUAAUACAUAAACACGUGUUAAGUAUUAUUACAAUUUUGAUUUUGUUAUUGUUUUUAAUAGUUUUAGUUAACUAUUUUAUUAUCUCUCAGUAAACUUCUGAAGAAAUCAUCCACAUAUUUGAUUAUCCAUAUCUUCUUAUGUAAUGGUAAUUCGUUCUUAUUAGUAAAAAGUAUUAUUUUUUGUAUGUAAAAUUAACUAUUGUUUUCAGGAAGACCUAAU